AUGGCCAAGCAAGAAGGAUCUCCUGGGUCGCAGACCUUGGACGAUUUGGUUAUGGGGACAAACACCAGCAGCAUUACUUCGAAACGCAGUGUUGAGCGUCUGUAUCACUCAAAAGAAACUCCUUUCUUCCGCUACUUUGUUCCGAAGUUUCAAAGGAGGGCCCCCCUAAUCAAUAGAGGAUAUUGGCUGCGUCUCCGGGCGAUUGAUACCAUAGUUCAUAGGUUUCUCACUAAAGAGACAGCAGGGAAGAAGGUCAUCAUCAAUCUUGGCAGUGAUGUCCUCUUCAUCGAUGUGGAUUAUCCUGACCUCAUGAAGAAGAAACGGGCCAUAGUUUUACAAACUCCAGAGCUGCGAAACCUUCUUGGGAAUGACUUCACCCUCGGUGAUGAAGACAAAGACGACCUACUGCUGCGCAGCAACAAGUAUUGCCAGCUUGGCUGCGACCUUCGACAGCUUGAUAAGUUGCGAAUGACUUUGGAAUCAAUUAUCAACCUUCCCGAGUGUGCCAUCCUGUUCGUGGCAGAAGUGUCAAUUACAUAUAUGGACACUCAAUCUGCCGACUCUCUAAUCCAAUGGGGAAGCACUGUUGGUCGAGAAAAUAACUUCUGCCUCCUGGAACAGAUUCUACCUUAUGGAAAAAGGCAUCCUUUUGCCGAGCAGAUGCUUGGUCACUUUGUCAAGCUGGGUACUCCUCUGCGUUCUGUUGAGCAGUACCCAACAGUUGAGAGCCAAGCCAGUCGAUUUCAGGACCGCGGGUGGCCUCGUGUAGAAAUCAAGGAUCUUUGGCAAGCAUGGUCAAGUGAGGAGUUUGUGAGCGACUCAGAACGAAUUGCCCUUGACGAUAUCGAGCCCUUUGACGAGUGGGAAGAGUUUAUUCUAUUUGCUCGCCACUACUCCAUCCUUCAUGCAUCCACCGACUGUAGCCAAGGCUCAUUGCCUCAAACGUCUACAUCAGUCGCCAGUGAGAGUGCAAAGACGUUUGCAGGCUUGCGUGUCGAAAUAAUAGGGGAAUCCACAAAGAAAACUACCAGACGACGUUUUGGAAAUAGCAUGAUUCUAAGUAAUGGACUUGGACAGCGAUACGCUCUUAAUUUGCUAGGGAUGAGUCUCAACAGCAGAGAGUCUACUUAUGAUAUCUUCUCACUUGAUGGGCAGCACGGGACACCGCCGCAGCUACCGCCUUCGGGACCACCUGCUCGCAUGUGCUUUACGCUGACAGAUCUGGGGGAAUAUGGAAUUAUGCUGGUUGGUGGUCGUACGUCGCCCUCCUGUGCCCUAUCGGACUGCUGGCUCUUUGAAAGGGGCACUGAUCCGCGUUGGCGUACGAUGCCGCCAUUGCCCGUUCCCCUAUUUCGGCAUUCCGCUCUUCGACUAGGGAGUUCAUCUCUUCUAUUGAUCUUUGGUGGUAAGAAAAGUUCAUCGCAGCUCUCAGACGAGUUUUUCCUUUUCAACCCACAAAGAGCUUGUUGGCAACGGUGUUCCGUCUUAGGACCUGCUCCCGAUUCCUGUUUUGGCUCAAUCGUUUGCAAUUCCAUCUCCACGUCUAGCACCCCGGGAGUAUUUAGUGGCAUGUUAGCUGGAGGAAUUUCCAAAGAGGGACGUAUUGCUACAAAGCAGUAUAGAUGGGGAUUGAACGUCUACAAUACUGAGCCGACCAUUUCCUUUUCCCCCAUCACAACCAGCAGCUCCAAUAGUCGGCUCGUUUCUUCCUUUGGUGCUCAAGCUGUGCAUUUAGGGUCGUCUGUAAUCAUAUGCGGUGGUAUGGGAGCGGAUCCAUGCCUACAUGGCCAAACUAUUACCGUCGUUACCACUUCUGCAGAAGGGUUUGAAGUUGAAAGUUUUUCCACCCCCCAAAAUGACGAGCCCAUGCCGUUCAUGAUUGGCUCUUCAAUUGUACAAGAUGGCUCUUCUCUUCUGGUGCUUGGUGGGGGAGCGACAUGCUUCUCAAUGGGCACGUUUUGGGAGACGAGUAUAUACAAAAUCUGGUUGCCUGACCAUAUCCUGAAGGCUACAGAUUUUACUUCACGACUACACAGCCUGUCUAAUUCUACUAUCGAUCUUAUUGGAUGCCGAAAGUUUUCGGCCACUUCCACUGUUACAAGUUCAGGCGGUGUUAAUCACUCGGACAAUCAAGAUCAGGGGGCGUCUCUAACGUCAGUGCCCAGAUUACAGCUUGAAUCUGCCGAACACUUCCAAAGAAUUGUUGACCAAGGGAAACCAGUCAUUUUCAAGAGUUGUUCCAUCGGCGAGUGUCAACAGAAAUGGACCCCUGACUUCCUUGUAAGUCAGAUUGGCGCAAAUGAGAAGUUUGUGAUACACGAGUCUCAUGAAGACACGGGAGUGUUGGACUUCAACAGCAAGAAUUUUUCAUAUGUGACUGACUCGUUUGGGGACAUCAUGAGCAAGCUGCAAUCCGGAGCCCGGGUUUAUCUACGAGCUUUGUCUCGGGAUAAGCCGUCUGAACUACCAGCCAAACUAGAAGAGGAUUUCCCAAGUUUAGCAGGAGAUUUCACCCUGCCACGAGAAAUGGCGUAUAUCAAAGAUCACUUGUUCAGCUCUGUCUUGAGAUUAUCCGGCCGGGCGAAUAUGUGGCUACAUUACGAUGUUAUGGCAAAUGUCUAUGCGCAGGUGGCCGGGGUGAGGAGAAUGAUUUUGUUUCCUCCCAGUGACGUGAAGCACCUGUCUUUCGCCCCUGGUGCUUCUAGCUCAAGCGUGAACGUUUUUCAAGCGUUGGAAACUUCUAUAUCUUCGCUCCGGGCGACACACCCCCAAGAAGCUGUAAUCCAUCCGGGUGAUAUUUUACUAUUACCGGCUCUCUGGCUCCACACAGCUGCUCCGAUAACCGACAUGAGCACUGCAGUCAACGUUUUCUUCCGUGACCCGGGACAGAAAGAUCAUUACUCUCCUGGUCGAGAUGUUUAUGGUAACAAGGACCUUGAGGCAUAUGAGAAAGGAAGGCAAGCUAUUGCCCGGAUUGCGAAAAGCUUGCAGUCGCUGCCGCCCGCUGCCAGAGAAUUUUACCUUUGUCGACUUCAGGAUGAGUUACGACUAGCUACCGAGAAUUAG